CCUCCCAUAAAGGCUUCUCUUUGGGGAGGAGGGCUGUCAGUCCACAGAGCAACCAAGGCCACCUCUUCACCUGCCUCUCUGCUUGCUUACCUGUCAGGAGCCAUGGGUUGGCUUCGACUCCCAGCUUGGAUGCGCUGCGGGAAGAAGGAGGAAUUCAGUUUGUCCACGGAGAAGAUCGCCGAAAAGGAUGAUGAGAACUCGGAGCGGGGCAACUGGUCCAGCAAAACGGACUACCUGCUCUCCAUGGUGGGCUACGCCGUUGGAUUGGGCAACGUGUGGCGCUUUCCGUACCUCACUUACCAGAACGGUGGAGGGGCCUUCUUGAUACCGUACACCAUCAUGCUGGCGCUGGCCGGACUGCCGCUGUUCUUUCUGGAGUGCUCCCUGGGCCAGUUUGCCAGCUUGGGACCGGUCUCCAUCUGGAGGAUCUUGCCCCUCUUACAAGGCGUCGGGGUGACGAUGGUGAUCAUCUCCACCUUUGUGACCAUCUAUUACAACGUCAUCAUCGGCUACAGCCUCUACUACUUGUUUGCCUCCUUCCAAAGCGUUCUCCCUUGGGCCGACUGUAACCCCGAAUGGGCCGACGACACCUGCAGCAAGUACCCACUAAUCUCUGACUGCAAUGCCACGUUGGGAGACGGAACCGUGAUCCAUGCCAAUUACUCCUGGAUUGUGGACCAUAACUUGACUUGCCUCAAUGACACCAAGAGCUUCGCCAAAACCCAGGUGCCCAGUGAGCAAUACUGGAACAAAAAGGUCCUCCAGCGAUCAUCAGGAUUAGACGAGACCGGAGAGGUUGUCUGGUAUCUCGCCCUCUGCCUUCUCCUUUCCUGGCUCAUAGUAGGCGUGGCCUUAUUCAAGGGGAUCAAGUCUUCUGGGAAGGUUGUCUACUUCACGGCCAUCUUCCCUUACAUCGUCCUCAUCAUAUUGCUGGUACGAGGUGUCACUUUGGAAGGGGCCCGGGAAGGCAUUGAGUAUUACAUCGGGAACCAGUCCAACUUCACCAAACUCAUGGAGGCAGAGGUCUGGAAAGAUGCAGCGACACAGAUUUUCUUCUCAUUGUCGGUGGCCUGGGGUGGGCUGGUGGCCCUCUCUUCAUACAACAAGUUCCACAACAACUGCUAUUCAGAUGCCAUCUUUGUCUGCGUGAUCAACUGCCUCACGAGUGUCUUUGCCGGCUUUGCCAUCUUCUCCAUCUUGGGGCACAUGGCCUUCAUGGCAGACAAGAAAGUCUCAGAGGUCGUCGAUUCAGGCUUUGACCUGGCAUUUGUUGCCUAUCCAGAAGCUCUCUCCAAGUUACCAGUUGCUCCUCUUUGGUCCUUUCUGUUCUUCUUCAUGCUGCUGCUGUUGGGCCUGGAUUCCCAGUUUGCAACCAUUGAGACAAUCACCACCACCAUCCAAGACAGCUUCCCCAAAGUGAUGAAGAAAAUGCGGGUGCCGGUGACCCUUGGGUUGUGCAUGCUGCUCUUUCUCCUGGGCCUCGUCUGUGUCACCCAGGCAGGAAUCUACUGGGUCAACUUGGUGGACCAUUUCUGUGCCGGAUGGGGAAUCCUUUUUGCAGCCGUCCUUGAGUUGGCAGGAAUUUGCUGGAUUUAUGGAGGAAACCGAUUUAUUGAAGAUAUCGAAAUGAUGAUUGGCAAGAAAAGCUUCCUCUUCUGGCUCUGGUGGAGAGUCUGCUGGUUUGUUGUCACCCCUUGCCUUCUGCUUGCAAUCUUGGUUUGGUCUCUCAUCACCUUUGCACCGCCUAAAUACGGCAGCGUGGAAUAUCCCGAAUGGGGAUCGGCGGUCGGAUGGUGCAUGAUCAUGUUCUGCCUCGUUUGGAUCCCUGUCAUCGCAAUCUACAAAAUAGCGAAAGCCCAAGGCAACCUGUGGCAGCGUAUUGUCAGCUGUUGCAAGCCCCAGCCGAAUUGGGGCCCUUACUUGGAGUGCCACCGUGGAGAGCGAUACAGAGGCAUGGUGGACCCAGCCAAGGAGCGGGACCUCGAGAUCCCCACCGUGGACAGCUAUGUGCCCAAGUCUGACUAAAGAGGAAUCUUGGGGGGACGGGGGGAGAUAUGGUUUUGUAAUGGACACCACACUAUUUAUUCCAAGGACCUUUGUGCAAUGGAUCAUCUUUGGUUCGCAGAGCCUGGAGACAGGAGGGCACCACAAGCCAAAGUCUCCUGCCCUGCAGGAUGAUGCUUCAACAAGGUCCAUGCUGUGCAUGGAGAAGGUGUCCCUUGAGGGGAGAUGGUCUUGGGUUCAAAUGGAGCUCUCUAGAGGCCCAACCCAAGGGACACUUUGCUAGGAUUGGGCCAAGACCUCCUUCCAGUCCACACUUGGAAAAUAAGGACUCAAGAGUCAUUGAAAACCAUGGACAGCUGUGAUUCCAUCAAAUUCAGUUGGAUCUCGCCUUGAGCCGAAUCGUUCUGCCUGGAGGGACUUAUUGUAUUCAGUGUAAUUUAUUUCUCUUCCUUCUUUGGAAAUGAUUUCACCUAAUUUAUUUUUUAUUUCCUCUCUCGGACAUCCUGUUGAAGUCAGCAGGCAUUCUUUGGGCACUUUGAUAGUUAUAAGGACUAGGAACUUGGAUCCCCCCUUGAGUUUCAAUUCUAUUCUGAAGAAUGAAAGCAGUGGGGAUAUAAAUAUAACUGAAUAGGGAUUAAAUUCCUUGGAGGUGCUGGGCGGCUGGCUGGCCAGCCAAGCAAAGUAACUUUUGCCGAGCUUUGGUCUUGCAUUCAUUGUUUUGUCUGUUUGCACAUCUCAACAAGAAUUGCCCAAGAAAGAGAAUCAACUUUCUUGCCAUUUCUGCAGGUUUCCCAAUUUCUGGACAUAUGUUGGUUAUGUGCAGAGGCGGCCCUAGGUAAUUUUCAACGGUAAGCAAACAGUAUUUUGCCCCCCCCCCCCAACCAAUCA